AUGAUGCUGACAGUGCCCUCCGUUCUGUUCAGCUUCAGCUAUCCAAACGGUGAACCUCAAACCCCGACGAGGACUCCUCCGACCACCUUUUUCGGCGACGCUGCCUUCCAGACCCCGAAACUCGAAUCCAGUUUCUUCGACCCCCGUGUGACCUGGGAUACCUCCGAUCCGUAUGCGUCGAGCCCUGAGUUUCUCCGGACUCCCCAAAAGUUCGGCUUGAGUACGCCCCGGAUCCCGGACGACAGGUCGAACCAAACAGUGGACGACCCCGAGACAUCAGUCACUCAAAGUGCAAAAGCAUUGGACCAGCAGACCGACACGGCCAAAAGACGUCGUCCCUCCAGGCUUCAUGGGCUCAGCGAAGAUGGCUCCAGGACCGUGGAGUCGACCAAGUCCGCUGCCUCGAUGCAGACCCCUCCGCCGAGCAGUGCUUCCCGGACAAAGGUGACGGAGUUUGGGGGGCUGGCUGUUGCAGGCCGUCGGCCCUCAGCUUCCAGCGUCGUUGGUGGCCAUUUGGAAACCCCCAGUCGAUUGAUGGGUGCGUCGCCUCGGCUAUUUGGAGACCUACAGUCAUCUCCGGACCCUUUCCAACUGGGGUCCAUCGGUCCAUCGGCGUCACCUUUCUUUCCGCAGCAACGGCUGUUCUGGGAUCAUGGACUCGAUCACCAUGCGCGCGACAUGGGCCUGCCGGGACGUCCUCUCGAUUUGUUCGAGUCUGCAGGCACAGAUGCCUUUCACGUCCACUCGACGACUGCCCCUCAAGAACCUCCCAUUCCGCAACUGCCUCAAAUUGAAGGGAGCUUGGAGCUUCCCGAGUUUAACAGUAACAUCUACCGCCUCUCUGCUGCUCCCACCGAUGCGGCCCUUUUCCCGGCCCCAUUUUCUACUUCUCCUCGGCGCCAUAUCCCCAAAGCAGAUGACCCGGCCCUGUUCCUAAGCUCCCCUGCCCGCAGAUUUGGAGGACCUCAGCCUACUCCCGAGAAACGGCUAUUCUCCCGACAACACCGUCAGCCUUAUCACCAUCAGACGGAGGAGUUCAGGCGGGAAGAGCUCCGCCGUGCUCAGGGCAUCAGCCAUCACUUCCCGGAGUAUGAUGAUGAAGAUGACGCUGAUGACUACACGCCUCGUCAACCCCGGCCUGGUCUAACUCGCAGUGUCACUCACACGGUCCUUACUUCAACUUCUUCCCGUCCAGGCUCGAGUGGAAUGAUGUCGUCGGCCAGUGGGGUGCGGAAAAGUCCAUCCAAAGGACGAUCUUCCCCGAUUAAGCCAUUUCGUGCUCAGCUUCCCAAAUCUACCUCAGUCGCCAGUGGGUUGCCCAGACGGUCUCAGUCAGUGGUUCUGAGGAUUGGCAAGGAUGGCAGAGCAAAGACCGAAAUGCAGCCCGUGGUAGAAUCCUCGACGGGUUUGACAGAUCCGGUUUCUCAAAUGGACUUGGAUAGCUCCGCAACGGAGAGUGAGUAUGAUUCUGCGGAGUUCUCGGAAUAUCCAACUGUCACCAGCCGCAAGUCUUCCUAUGCUUUCUCCGAUGCUGGCAGGUCCGUGAUUGCUCGCAGCGACUCCGGAUCCCGGCCACACUCGAAAGGCUCCUACACAUCAACCGCUACAUCCCACUCGGGACGGGUAUCCCCUUGGGCCACAGCCCCCCGAGUCUCCACGAGAAGAGCGCCAUUAAACGCCAGCAUGGAUGAGUGGAGGAGAACAACACCAAAGCGGCAAUCCUCCAUUCUUCAUGCAGAUCUGUCUUACACCAGCGCUGCUUCCAUUUCGCAAAGCUUUGCCGACCCUGAAGAAGACACCGGAGAUGCCCAACACGCCCUUCGAAAAGUGCUGCAAGACAAAGGACGCAUUCCUCGAUCUCAUAGUGUUGCCGGUUAUUGUUCCCGGUCCAACCGCUCCUUGCAGUCCCUUGCCCACCUUCGUUCGUCACCUCCCCGCUUUGGAGCAGAGCUUGAUCUUGAUGCGCGAGAAGCAAACACCUCUCCUACCACCGUCACAGAUCCCGACCUCGCCACCCCCAGCACCGACCGAUAUAGUAACCCGAGCAAUGGCACCCGAUGCAUUUGUAAUUCCAUGGAUAAUGGCGGGCAUUUGAUGAUCCAAUGUGAAUCAUGUAGUCACUGGCUGCAUACCAAAUGUGUCGGUUUGGAACGAUCCAACUUACCCUCGGUCUAUGUCUGUAUCUUCUGCGCGCAAACCCCUACUCGCAAAACCCGCAUUCGCGUUCCUGUCAGUGGCGUUGGACAUGCCCCAACUUCGCCGCUCGCCCAUAAAUCGUACCGAUUCCGAUGA